AUGACUUCUUGGGAUACCAAUCGAGUGAAGAACCAACUUAGGCUUACAUCCCAACGAUUGGGGCAGAUACAGGACAAACUAGACUCUCAGGGUCAGAUUACCCGAAGAGACAUUGCCAUCCUACUCUCGCAAGGCAACGUCGCGCUGGCCCGCGCGAAGGCCCAGAAGUGCAUACACGAUGACAUAUACAACGACCUACUUCAAACGUUGGAGAUGCUCGUGGGGAUAGUGCUUGCGCACGUGGGGGAUCUGGAACGCAGUGUACCGCUAAGCCCUAUUGUUAUUGAAGCAGCCUCUAGCAUCAUAUAUGCUGCUCCUAACGUUGGAUCCAAGGAUCUGCAGGUCGUGCGAGAUCUCUUGGUGCUGCGGCUUGGCCCCGACUUUGCCCGUUCAGCCGCAGGCAAUCAUGAUAAUUAUGUCUCGAAACGAGUCGUUCGGGACUUGUCUUCGCAGCCCCCAUCCGCUAGCAUGCUCGACCAUUUCCUCCGUAGUGUAGCGAAAGCGAACGGGGUGCAGUGGAACCCUGACAUCGAAUCACAUCAGAAAGUCGAUAUUAUAUCCGGGAUGCUCGAUGCAGCCUCAAUACCCUCUAUCGACAUACACCAGCUGCAAACCCUCUGUUCUCACGGCCUUCCAGAAUACCCGCCGUGGCUGCGACCGAAAGUUUGGAGAUUGCUUCUUGGGACUCUUCCUCCGCAGAAGGCUCGCUGGCAGAGUGACUCCGGCAAGCAAAGGGAGAAUUACUACGACCUUGUUCGCCAGCUACUAGAACCUUUUAACAACCUCCCACCUCCCACUAACCCUCUUUCACCCUUGGAUGUUUGCUUGGUCGAGGUUCGGAAGGAAUUGUCCCGAGCCCCCCGUGCGCUCUAUGCCAACCUCGAAGAGGAGCCUGAGGACUUGGAUCAGUGCCCUUUGGGUGACAGCUCCUUAGAGGACAUUAAGAUCGCUUGCGCAAAGGCCCUCGAUAGCCGAUUACAGCAAAUUCGCGACGCGUCGAAAAGUAGCGUGUCUACGCCUACAGAAGAGACUCCAGAGAUACAGAUUGAGUCGACGCCCGAGAUUCGACUCGAGGACAUGGGAGAUAUGGACGUAGGCCAGCAGUCUGAGCAGGGGGCAGAGGACCUAGACGACAACGCAUCGGAGGCACGUCUCGGCGCAGCGAGCAUCGGGACUCCUGAAAUCUCGCUUUCUACUCCGGAUUCGCCGACGUCCACACACUCGGGCGCACCGACAACUUUAGUCAAGUCUAGGCCUUAUAGCGCCACCGGAGCCCAUCCCAAGCACGAAACCGCUCUCAUUCGUCUUCUCUACAUACAUUUCUCUCUGAACCCUGCACACCGAGCACCACAAACAGCCUCUCUACUGGUACCGCUGUAUUCGGCGUUAGCGCAGGAGGUUGUUCCCGAAGAUGCAGCUCAUAUUGAAGCGGAUACUUUUUGGCUCCUAGAAACGUUCGUUGGCGAGUUCUCGGAUCUGGAUGAGCCGGAAAGCACAGAAAUAUGGCUGAAGAAGCUAGGAGAGAGGCUGACUUGGGCCGACGCAGAGCUUGCAGAAGACUUGCAAGCAAAAGGUCUCAAUCCCUCAUUACCACAUUACACGUAUCGGUGGUUGACGGCCUUGCUAACACAUACCCUGCCAUUACCGGCUGUGUUCAUGACGUGGGAUGCAUUAUUUGCUCGCCCGUCGAGAGAACGCGCAUCGAACCCGAAGCUGGAAUAUUUAGUCGACAUGUGUGCGAGUAUGCUCAUCAGCGCUCGAGGGUCAUUAUUCCGGCUAGGUAAACGACCCGGCAAACCUCUGAAUCUCUGGGAGGAGAGCUCUAGCGCGGUCAUAUCUGAGCUUCCGUCAGAUCGGGAAUUGGAGGAGGCUUUCAUCCAGGGUAUGGCUCUGUUGCAGAACUAUCCUUUGGAGAACGUCGGCGGCAUCGAGCGAGUACUUCAGCUGACCUUCGACCUCGCCGCGCAACGAGAGAAAGCAACCCAGGCGACAUUUACACAGGCGGCCGCUGCUGGUCUCGGCGCGCGCCUGCGCAACACCGUCUGGAGAAAUAAUCCAGCACCUGUCUCCGUACCCGCAGAGGCACAGGCUCCUACUCUUUCAGCACAAACUCAGACCAACGCGGACGAUGAUAGCACGGACUCCGACUCUGAUUCGACAGAAGACGAAGAUGAGGGUGCUCAGAUCGUGGAAGUCGCAAACGAUACAAAUCAGACAUCGCUGACGUCUCGUCUUGCGUCCACGGUCUGGAAAGGCAUCACCAACCAGUCUGCCAUGGAGGCACCUCCCUCUCCGACUACACCUUCUCCACUACCGUCGCCUGUCGUGUCACCGAAGAUGGAGCCCUCGAAUCAACUAGCUCCUGAGCCCCAUCCUGCCACAGCCGAGGCAGCUCCUGAGCCGUCCACAUCGAUUACCUCAAAUAUUUGGGGAUACGCUGAGAAGCUCAGGGAUUCCAAUGCCGCUGCUACACUGGCUAAGGUCAGCACUAACUGGCGAGUGAAGGCUAUGGAUGCAUGGAGUAACAGGGGGAGCAUUGUCCCACCUCAUACGGCACCGGCUGGUCAGCCAUCUUCCUCGACCUUGUCGCCGUCCUGGGUGCCCAGUACACCUGGGUCCCACGAAGAUUCAGAUGUCCGAAGAAGCUCCUUGCCGCCAAUGGGCAAGUUCGACGACUACGAGCCCCCAGAACGCCCUAAAUUUUUUCGUCCCCCGAGGGAUAGUGUGAUCAUGGAUCCUCGACGUGACUCGUUGGCCUCCCCGACAUCCUCAGAAAUUUCGGUGCGUUCUGAAAGCGACCUGGACCAUCUUAGGCGGUCUAUAACGGCUCGCACGCCGAGCCCGCGCUCUGCUACAUCUACAAGAUCGGGUGGCCCGAGGCCUUUGAUACUCAACUCAAACUCCCUCAUUACGAACUCGCGAUCGCCGACCAUGUCUGCGAGCAGCAUGGACUCGCACUUUGCCGACCAGGUCCGCGCCAAGCGGCCCUCUGUCACGCAUAGGGCUUCACAGUCGUCCUUAUCCUCGCUCUCACCGUCGGAUCAUCUGUCGUCGGGACGCAUGCGCACUCCUGACUCGGGGAGCAGGGUUGUACCCAUCAACCGAGCGCGUUCACCAGUCGCAAUGGCGAAAGACAGGCGGCAAGGUUCAGUAUCAUCCGCUACCUCUAGUCCAAGAGGCACAACGCGACAGCUGCCAUCUGACUACGGAAUGGAAACACCUGAGCGCAAACCCAUAUGGAGGAGUGCCGAUAUCCGCGACUCUAUUGGGUCCACUGCUUCUCUUACAUCUGCAUCUGUCCCAACAAGCCCUCCCAAACAGGCUACCAACGGUGAAGCUCGGGUUGAGCCAUCAGAACGCCAACGCGGGUCUGUGGUGCUGGGCGAGUUCGGGGAACUGGAGCAGCCAUUGCCUGUCGAUGCUACACCCAAAAUCUCACGCAGGACGAACUCAUCUCUGUCGCGCCUCCAGAUCGAGGACAGCUCUGAUUCGUCUGUUGCAACGCAGCUGCCAGCCCGUAGCGCGCGGGUGAAGUCAAAACGUCUCCCUCCUCGGCUCCGCUCACGAGAGGCCAGCAAGGACGAUACGGCGUACGUCGCGAGCCCAAACACCCUGGCCGCCACAUGGCCAGAUGACGGGGAUGCUACAACCCCCAAAGCGAGCAAUUUCGAGGUCGAUGACUCGCCGUCAAAAUCCCGGAAGGACUCUGGCGAGGGUCGUGUGCGCAAAAUCUCCGCGGAUAGCUAUUCGAGGACGAGGAAGCUGUCAAAUGAGGACAGACCGAGACGUGUGCGGGACAGUGCCGCAGUUGAAGGGGAUGAUGAGGGCUACGAUGAGUUCCUCAGCGCGUACUCGGAGAGCGACGAUGGUAGUGCAGUACGCUGAGCUGGACCGGUCAGACUAUGCUUCAUAAUGCACCCUCAUGUGCUCCCAUACUCCGUAAAUAAGUUUCUUAGAUAUCUAAUCAGUAGGCCGCUGGGCAGUUGGUAAACCAGGAGUACGACCGAAAACAUUUUCCUGUAUCUCGUGGUAUACUUCCAGCAAGACCGGGAAGUAAGGUAGAAUGUUCUCGUAAGGGACAUGUAAAGAGAUGGUUCCAUCUUGCAACUUCUCUAUGGCCGCUAGAUAAUAGCGGACGUUCCAUCCCCGUAGACCUUCGUUGAUGACGACGUCUUGGAGGCGCAUGAAGGGUAUGAAACGACGCGACACGAAUAACGGGUACCUGGGUAGCCCCCUGUGUGUCUCAAACUGAAGUCCAAAGGAGGGUAUCAAGAUGAUGGAUUCCCAAAGCACUUGGGUGGACCUAGAGCGUACAUACAGCGCCACUAGCAAGACGGCCAGAGCACCAUAAAGCCUGUUAGCAGUGAGCUUGUGCCAAAAUAUAGCGAUGAGAAGCGGGACGGCGGGAUCGAGCCAUGACCAGCCAUAGGACUUCAACGCCCUCCCUGAACCAUCACGCGCGAUCCGCCAAUUCUCGGCUCGGUAUUCGGUGCAGCCUUGGUAUUCGCGGAUGGAGAACUCAGGAUGGUCCAGCAGCGGUCGAGUAUGCUGCAUGCAUAGAACAAGUUUGAUGACGCUUC